GAUGCAGGAAGAUACUCGGCUCCUAAGGGCCUAUCUCGGAAGCGGCCAGCAUUUUGACAUCUCUACUCGGGCGACGCAGACGCGAACAUGGCCACGGACAGGGCGGCGGUGCUGCAACGCUACCUGGAUCUGGAGCAGCCGGACGACGCUGUCUUCUGCACCUACGUUUUCGUCGAUGGAACUCUGGAGAAAACGCGCGCCAAGACGAGGACUCUGGACUUCGAGCCGAAGCGCGCAGAAGACUGCCCGGAAUGGACGUUUUGCGCCCUUUUAUCCUACCAAUGGCCGGAUGGAGGCCCCGAGUCCGAGGCCUACCUGUCACCAGUUGCCCUGUUCAGGGACCCGUUCCUCAAGGGCCGCAACAAGCUGGUCCUCUGCGAAGUACUACAGCACGACCGCACACCCAUAAAGACCAAUACCCGCCGAAGUUGCCUUGAAGCAAUGCAGAAGGCAAACGAUCAGGAGCCCUGGUUCGGUAUCGAGCAAGAGUACGUGUUAACUGAAAAAGAUGGGAAUCCACUAGACUGGCCAAGACACGCCAGCCAUCAAAUAAAGCCUCUAGGUCCAUACUGCUACAGCGUCGGGGCUGAUGCCGCUUCGGGGAGAUAUGUAUCGGACGCUCACUACAAGGCAUGCACUUAUGCCGGAGUCAAAAUGGCUGGCACGAACUGCGAGGGUGUCCUAGCGCAGUGGGAGUACCAGGUGGGUCCCCUGGAAGGCAUCAAUGCCGCUGACCACUUGUGGAUGUCACGCUACAUACUGGACCGAGUGGCCGAGGACUUCGGCGUGCUGGUCAACCUGGAUCCGAUGCCGUAUCCGCCGGGAAAGUGGCUCGGCUCUGCUGCCCACACAAACUUUAGCACCAAGGCGAUGCGCAGUGACGGUGGCAUACAUGCCAUCAAAGCCGCCAUCGAGAAGCUGAAGCGCAACGCCGACGCGGAUUUGGCCAAGUACGACACCGCCAGGGUGAAGCGAAACAAACUGCGGACAGAAUCGGGCAUGUUGACCACACCUCGCAACCAGUUCACCGCCGACGAUUGCUCCAAGGAGGUCAGCGUGCGCAUACCGCGCGCAGUGGUGGACGCCGGCAAGGGUUACUUCGAAGACCGAAGACCUGGAAGCAACGCGGACCCUUACACCGUCUGCGAGACACUCGUCAGGACCAUUUGCCUCGAGUGAACGACACUUUGACAUUGACCCACGAUUGGACUUGUGGCCGUUCGAAAGCGCUUAUACGGCGAGCUUGAAGGCGCUUUAUGGCGAUCUCUCGCACACGUUCAAUAAAGGUGCAUGUUAAU